AUGGCACGUUGGCAUCUUCUUUUAGCCCCAACCUGUGCUACCAACCGCUGCAAUCAAUCCCCCAGGCCCCACGUUUAGUGGGCGUGCAAGCCUAAAUACAUAUAAAUAUAGACAUUGACAGAUAGAUAUAGAGAGAAGAAGGAGGAGGAGGAGGAGGAGGAGGACGGGAGAGAGAGAGAGAGAGGCAAAACUACAAUCUGCCCAUUCCGUACUUCAUUCUUUCGUCUCCGGCCGUCGACGCCAAAUGGAGUGGGUUGCCCCUGUCGAUGUAAAAAUGGAAAGUGAGGGAACUAGGAAGAACUCAACCCUGAUCUGUGCUCCGUUGAUGGCGGACUCAGUUGAUCAGAUGGUGACUUAUAUGGAAAAGGCAAAAUUGAGUGGUGCUGAUCUGGUGGAGGUUCGAUUGGAUAGUUUGAAGAGCUUCAAUCCUGGUCAGGACAUCCAAACCCUAAUCAAACUGUGUCCUUUGCCCACUCUCUUUACUUACAGACCGAAAUGGGAAGGUGGUCUAUAUGACGGUGAUGAGAACAGCCGAUUGAAUGCGCUUCAGUUAGCCAUGGAGUUAGGAGCUGAUUACAUUGAUGUUGAACUUCAGGUUGCCCAUCAGUUCAAUAGUUCCAUGCACAAUGAGAAGCCUGCAAAAUGUAAAGUCAUUGUUUCUUCACAUAACUAUCAAAGUACUCCAUCAAUUGAGGAGCUUGGCAACCUUGUGGCAAGGAUACAAGCAGCUGGAGCUGACAUUGUUAAGAUUGCGACAACUGCUGUGGAUGUCACAGAUGUGGCACGUGUUUUUCAAAUAAUUGUUCAUUGCCAAGUAAGAGGCGUCCCAACAAUAGGAUUGGUUAUGGGUGAAAGGGGCUUGAUGUCACGUAUACUUUGCCCCAAAUUUGGGGGAUAUCUGACAUUUGGUACCCUCGAGUCAGGAAAAGUGUCAGCACCUGGGCAACCAACAAUUGAUGAUUUGGUGAAUUUGUAUAAUUUCAGACAGAUAGGACCUGAUACAAAAGUAUUUGGCAUUAUUGGGAAGCCUGUUAGCCAUAGCAAGUCUCCUGCUUUGUACAACGAAGCAUUCAAGAGAGUUGGGUUUAAUGGAGUUUAUAUGCGUUUUUUGGUGGAUAAUGUUGCAAACUUUCUUCAGACUUACUCAUCUGUAGAUUUUGUUGGCUUCAGUAUUACCAUUCCUCACAAAGAGGCUGCGGUUAAGUGCUGCGACGAGGUUGACCCUGUUGCAAAGUCCAUAGGAGCUGUUAAUUGCAUUAUCAGGAAUUCAAGUGAUGGGAAGUUAUGUGGUUAUAAUACAGACUAUGUUGGAGCUAUUACUGCUAUUGAGAAUGCACUACGAGGACUAAAUCACACAAGUGGGUCGUCGCCAUCACCAUUGGCUGGCAAAUUGUUUGUUGUCAUUGGUGCUGGUGGAGCUGGCAAGGCACUUGCUUAUGGUGCAAAACAAAAGGGAGCAAGGGUUGUGAUUGCUAAUCGAACAUAUGAUCGAGCUAAAGAACUUGCAGAUACAGUUGGAGGAGAUGCUUUAUCUCUUGCUGAUUUGAAUGGUUUCCAUCCAGAGGAUGGAAUGAUCCUGGCAAAUACAACCUCUAUUGGAAUGCAACCAAAGAUUGAUGAGACACCCAUUAACAAAGAAGCCCUAACACCAUAUACACUGGUUUUUGAUGCUGUUUAUACUCCCAAAAUCACAAGACUACUGCGGGAAGCUGAAGAAUCUGGAGCCAAAAUUGUUUCCGGGACUGAGAUGUUCGUUGGGCAGGCCUAUGAACAAUUUGAGAGGUUUACAGGAUUGCCUGCACCAAAGGAACUUUUCAGGAAAAUUAUGGCAAGAUACUGAUGAAUGAGGUUCACAUGGAAAAUCUCCUAUACACAACUGCUUCAAUUUCCAAUUUGAAGUGAACUGAUUCCUCCCUCUUUGAGUUAUGUAAUAGCCCUUUUUUUUGGGUCUCAUUUUUUAUUGAUUCAAAUAAACUCAACAACCUUUUUGUGCCAAUUGCUUGGGACAUAUCUCAUUUUCAUUAACGGGUCAUUAUGACUUUUUGUCU